GUGCGCAGGACGACGACAACUCUCAGGAGGCCGAAGAUGCGACGUCGACCUCGACCCUGGCACAGGCCUCCCCCGCGGGCGCCGCGGCCGCGGGCGCCACGGCAGCGGCAGAGGCGCCGUCGUCGACGCCGGGACCGUCUACGACAGAGAUCGACGACGACAUGGAUGAGCUCGAGGGCGGAGACUGCGACACCCCGUGCGUCCUCAAAGGCGAGAGCCACUCCUGCAGAGACCGCGUCGUCUACCUCGCCACCGAGGGCCCCUGGGCUGGCACGGGCCCAUGGUCCAACGCGUGCGCCUCCGCUCUGGAGAGAGUGCGCGAGGAGUGCGCCGAGUUCUGCGGCUCCUGCGAGCACCAGGACGCCUGCAGCGAGGGCCCUUCCAGCACGCAGCCAGCGGCAGCGCAGCAGGCGGCGGCGGCGCAGCAGGCGGCGGCGGCGGCGCCGCAGGCGGCGCCUGCGCCGGCGCCCAGGCCCGACGAGACGCAGCCGCAGCGGCAGGAGGGCCCCUGCAGCGUCGACUGCGACGUCGAGGGCACGCACAUGAACUGCCAGGACCGCGUGCUGUUCUCAGCUGGCCGCAGCCUCGACGAAGAGGGGGGCGAUGUCUGCGACGUCGCGUACGCGAAGACGAUCGGUCAGUGUCCGCAGUGCGCGGCCUGUGCGCUGAGCGACACGCUCUGCGGGACGCUGCCGCCCUACGACUGCAAGGACGACUCGGCGCCCUGGCCCACCGACAAGCAGGCC